GCAAAAUUGCACAUUUAACACAAAAAUAAAGCAAAAUAAUACAUAUAAAUUGGUGAAAAUUGCAAAUCAAAGUGCCGGGCACUAUUUGAAAUAAAAGUUUUUUGCCGAACAAACCGCUGAAGUCCAAAUAUUGCGCGAUGAAAACCCUAUGAAAAAUUUCUGCCGUGCGUGAAGUGGGGACGAGUUUUUCCAAUUGGGUGUAUGAUUUUAUUGGUGCAAGAAGUAGCGAACAACGCGUAAAAUAUGUGCUAAAAGGCAUAAAGUGCUCUUAUUAAUUAAUAAAGAAUGUACAAACAAAAUGUAACCUUGUUGCUGCGCGAGCAGCGCGAGUCCUCAACAUUAAAUGCGCAAUACAAAGCAAAUUAGUCGUUGUUGGGAGCUCCGCCAUCGCCACCACUGCCGCCGCCUCCUUUGCGUAUUUUUGUUUGUGGCGUAAACGCAAGUAAAUAAAUUGCAACUCGUUGAGACGCCGCCGUCGUUGUCGUCUUCUCCUUUGUCGCCACUGCCACAGCUCCUAGACUUUGAACUUGUGAUUGUGUGUGCGUGCGUGUGCAUGGGUGUGUGUUGUUGUUAUUGUAAGCGUGUGUAGUGCGGAAAAUAAAAGAAAAGUCCCAAAGUAGAAGGGAGAAUACGAAACGAAUCAAAUACAUAUACAUACGUACAUAAGUAAACAAGCGAUUGCGAUUACCAAAAACAAUUAAAAUGUCGCAGCACGUUUUAGAGCCUCUGUUGUGGCUGCUCUGCUUCAGCGUGCUCCUCAAUGCUGUUUGUGGCACACCAAUCGAAAUAGUCAUAAAUACCACAAAUGUGACUGGGCAAAGCUCCAAAGAUGCAUGGUUCCAGUCACUAAAUGAAAAACCAGCUACAGUGGCAGCUGCAACAAAGAAAGCCGCCGAGAUUGGCGCGCAACAUGCCAACGAAUCAGCUGCGGCUUAUCUAACAACAUCGAUGUCGGCGCCACCGACUGAUAACAGCAGCCAUAGCACCUACAACAAUAAUAGUAAUAAAAACAAUAAUAACAACAAUAGCAACAAUAGCAACAAUAACAAUAGUGCAGUUCCAAUUAUGUUGGCCCAUUCCCAAGCGCCAGCUGCCACACAGACGCAAAUGUCAUCGCCCACAUUUGGACCGACACAUCUGAAAAAACUCGAUAGAAAAAUUAAAUGCCACUGCGACAUUUGCAAGGAUAGCAAUCACAUUUGCGAAACCGAUGGCUAUUGUUUUACGUCUGUGGAAAAGGAUGUUGAUAGCAAGAUUCUCUUCAGUUUUAGCUGUCUCAACAUGUCGCAGAGUUUUCCACCUGGUCGCUUCAUUUGGUGCAACGAUGGUCGCCAUGGUGGGCCGACCGCAAGGCCAGCCGCCAGACGAGGUGGUCAUGCCUGUUGCAAUGAUCGGGACUUUUGCAAUCGAGAACUGCGACCCAUUAUUAAGUACUAUGCGCUGCGCAACGCAACGUCAUCAUCAUCGUCGUCGUCGUUCUCGUCGUCUUCAUUUCCAGACCAGCAGCAGACCUACUACGAAGAUUUUCUGCCCAGUCAUCAGCUUAAUAGUUGGGUACUGGUCGCUAUCAUAGUGGGCGCCACUCUGAUCAUCUGCCUGUUGGGCACUCUCUCUUGGUACUAUUGUCAGCGCAGGAAGCGUUUGGCCAGUGGUCGGCCAUUUGCGAAGGAGGAUUCAGUUUAUGAUCCCAUACUCAAUGGCAAUACGACCAUACACGACAUUAUUGAGAUGACCACUUCAGGGUCGGGAUCAGCUGGUCUGCCGCUCCUUGUGCAGCGUUCGAUCGCCCGUCAGGUGCAGCUGUGCCAUGUUAUUGGUAAGGGUCGCUUUGGUGAGGUCUGGCGGGGUCGUUGGCGCGGUGAGAAUGUCGCUGUUAAAAUAUUCUCCAGUCGCGAGGAGUGUUCGUGGUUUCGAGAGGCAGAAAUCUAUCAAACAGUCAUGUUGCGGCACGAGAACAUUUUGGGCUUCAUUGCUGCGGAUAAUAAAGACAAUGGCACCUGGACACAGCUUUGGCUUGUAACAGACUACCAUGAGAAUGGAUCCCUCUUUGAUUACCUAACUACCCACACGGUGGAUACGAAGACUAUGCUGAAUAUGUCGCUGAGCAUAGCCACAGGUCUGGCUCAUCUGCAUAUGGAUAUUGUGGGUACACGCGGAAAACCAGCUAUUGCUCAUCGAGACCUGAAGUCGAAGAACAUUCUGGUGAAGUCGAAUCUGAGCUGCGCCAUCGGGGACCUGGGCCUGGCUGUGCGUCACGUGGAGAAGGAUGACUCUGUAGACAUACCCUCCACUCAUCGUGUGGGCACCAAACGUUAUAUGGCGCCCGAAGUAUUGGACGAGAGCAUGAAUGCCCAGCACUUUGAUUCGUACAAGCGCGCCGAUGUUUACGCCUUUGGGCUAAUAUUGUGGGAGAUUGCGCGUCGCUGCAAUAUGGGAAUGAUUUACGAUGAGUAUCAAUUACCAUACUAUGAUGUAGUCCAGCCCGAUCCGAGCAUUGAGGAAAUGAAAAAGGUUGUGUGCAUCGAGAAAUGCCGCCCCAAUAUACCAAAUCGCUGGCACGCCUCCGAUGUGUUGCACAACAUGGCCAAGGUGAUGAAAGAAUGCUGGUAUCCAAAUCCUGUGGCCCGCUUGACUGCGCUACGCAUUAAGAAAACAUUGGCGAGCAUCAAUGCCGAGGAUAAGGUCAAGAACUGAUUGUGACUCUAAUGUGCAUGCCACCUGAUAGUCAUCAAUAAAUUCAGCAGGAGGUCGAGCCUUCAGCGUUUGUUGUACAUAAGUACCCUGUAACCUGGCCCCGUGUUACCUUAAACGACUUGCAACAAGCAAACCGCUAAAGAGAGCAGAAAAGAAGAAAUACUGAUCCCAACUAUUCAAACACACACUACGAGUACUUUGUAUAUAACUAGCUGUAAGGUGCUCCUAAGCUUUUGACUUUGCUUCUUUUGGUUUGAUUUGCGAUCGGAAGCGGUCCCAAGCAGCUAUCGUUAAUUAGUUUAGUUUAGUUUUUGCCUUUUGUAUAUAACUUUCGUUGUACUUUCUUGCUGAGAUUUUCCCCAAUUCCCGAGCAGCCAGCGCGGGCGUGGCUUGCGUGUGCGAAUGUAAACAAAUAAUAAUAUUAAAAUAAAAAAAUAAAAAAAAGACCGUUGCACUGCCGUUAGUGCUAUCAAUUAGGGUACUAUACGUUUUAUACAUACAUACUAUUUUUAUAUCAAACUGUUCACAAAUAAUGGAAAACGAUGAAAACGAAACGAAAAUACAAAAUACAGUAAAAGACUUCGACAAGACUGAGCAGCAGCAAAACAGUAAAAAUAAAUCUAGAAACGAAAAACUAAACUAUAAAAGUAAUAUAUUAAAUAAAACGAGAAUGAACGCCGCAUGUAAUAUGCGUUGCCUUUUGACCUGUAAUAUCAAUGUGCACCGAAAAUAACAACACCAACCAUAUACAUUAAUGUACGAUUAAAGAGACAAAUUUUUAGGAAUACACAUCAAUAACAAGAACUACCACAUAAUCCUCGACGUUUUAUAUGAAAACAUCAACUUUUUCAUUGACAUGCGUCCCUUGCCACGCCCAAGCUGCUGUGUAAUUGUUGUCUCCCUAGCCGAGCUAUAAUCUUUAAUUGUAUCCUAGUUAUUUUUAGUUAUCCUUUCGUAUCGAUCUGCAUGAAACUCACAAAUCCACACACAUACACACACUGAUUGCAGAAAAUCGUCGUAAACUUGUCAAACACCACCCGCAUAAUUUCACACAAGCACACACACACACACACACACAACAUAUAUUGCCAAUACUACCUGUAUUUGAAAUAAUAUUCAGACCGCACCCCAUUAACGUUCCAACUUUUGUUCUGUUAUAACCAAAGCUUGUUCUUCCUAUUUUACGUAGUCAUAAGUGAAAGUAUCUUAAAUUAAAAGUCGUCUAAGGAAUUACAAAGAAACAAUUGUAAUGAACAUGGAAAUUGUGUUCUUUUUAAAAUAAAACAUUCAUUAAAAGGAAUUAAAGGUUUAUCAAUAUUUGUUAUGUAUGUAUUGUAAUAAACAAGCCAAUUGACGAUCAGAGCAAACCAUAUUCCGUAUUCCAUAGUUAAGCAUAAAGGUUACUGUCAGUUUCCUUAAAUUAUUCUCUCACACACGCACACACACAACCGAGAUUAUCGCAAUAUUAAAGCAAAGCAAAACCAAAACCAAACAUUCAAAACAUCACACAUUACAGAACGAUUAAAUGAUGUGAGGAAGCAACUUCUAAUUACAAUGCCAACAACAAAUGUGCGAGAGAUUAUCACACAAUUUUCAAGCAACAUUACUCAUAGGUAUGUUACUUUAAAGUUUAAACGCAUUAACUACAAGUAAGCAUUUUAAAUUGCGUCGGCAAAUAACGAUAUAUAUGUAUAUGUCUGUAUGUAUGUAUGUGUAUGCUGAAUGUAUUGUUAUUUUAGCUUACAAUCAACUAAACGUGCAAUUUCGGCCUGCAAAAUUGAUUUUCCUAUUAAUUUAGGCAAACAAAACAGACAACAUUAAGUUAAACCUAAUUUAACGAACACGCAUACGCGCCAUUUCCUCUAAUUUAAAUAUUUAAAAAUAUAAAUUAUAUUCCUGUAAUUGUAAACGAUUGUAAAUAGCAUUCAAUUCAUUAAUGUCGUACGAAAAAUCUAACUGUAACGCGCUUAACGAUAAUGUUUUUACUUAGUUGGCCUUAGUCUCUUUGUACAUCAACACGAAGCAACCUAUUGGAAAAGUUUCAUGAGUCAAUGGAAAUUUAAUAUUUACAUAGAUUCCUGAAAAUUGUUUAACGGCAAUACGCUUAAGCUCAAUCAAUAUCUGAAUUAAUAAAUGAAUGUUUUAUUAAGUUGCAGACUACGUUGAGAUUAAAGCGCUUUUCGCAUGGGCCAGCAAACUAUUGAUUAAUUAAUUAAUUGAUUGAUUGAUUUGAUUGUACAACCCCAACUAUAAAUCGGAAAUUGAAUCUAAUUGUUGAAAAGUGUCAGUUUCCAACCAACCAUUAUAUUCAAAGCGCAAAUGAAUGAACAAUGGCUAUCUCCUCUCGAUUAAGCUGGUGAACAUAUGUACGCUAAAUAUUGUGCUUUUUGUUUUGUGUAACGAGAAAAAUAUAACAGUUUAAAUGGUUAA